AACAGGUUUAAACGGGUUAGUGAGGACCGCAACUAGACCAACUGUUGUUUACUGUUGCAAAAAAUAUGUACAUAUAUAUAUUAUAGCUUGAUAAUAAAAACUUUACUGUUAAAUUAAAAAACAGAUUGUAGAUACAAACAGAAAAAGUUUUUCUGACUCGUGGCGUUUUAAAGCUUUUUUUGUAAACUAGAAAAAUUAGCAUUUGAUUCAUCUGAAAUAAGAGCUGCUAAUUGAAUGACGAAAAGUAAGCCUUCUUCACAUUGAAGAUUAAAUAUGUCCAUGACAAAAGAAGAGUUGAAGCCACAUGUUGAUAAAACUGUGCAGAAAUUUCUGGGUUUCAAUGAACCCUCCCUAGUUUCAGUAGCCGUUCGAUGUCUCGUCAAAGGCUAUGAUCUGAGGAAAACUUCAGAUAAACUUUCUUCACAUUUGGAUGAUUCAAGGGCUUCUAAGCUUGCUGAACUUUUGCUUAAAAACUAUGGAAAUGAAUCAAAAAGAAAAAGCAAAAAACGUUAUAGAGAUGAAGAUGUUUCUAACAGUAAGAAGUUUAAAGUGGAGGACCAUCCUAACCUUCCUGUCGCAGGUCAGCCUAGUCCAGGAGAAUUAACCACCUUACAGAUUAAAGAAAUGAUGGCAAAUGCACAAAGAAUGAUAGAAGAAAGAAAAAAGCAAAUGCUUCUGACUGGUGUUAUGAAUCAAUCGCCUACUGUUGCUUCAUCUUCAGCGGCAGCAGAAGCUCCAUCUCUUUCUGAGAAUAAAGCUAGAAUUGCUCAAUUAACUGCGAUGAUACAAGCAAAACUGAGCUCAAAACCAACGUUGCUCACCAACUGGAAACCUGAUGAUUCUAAAACCCAUAAACCUGCACCAUUGAUUUUGGACUCUGAGGGACGAACCUUAGACAUGACUGGCAAAGAAGUUCACCUGACUCAUCACAUGCCAACAUUAAAAGCUAACAUAAGAGCUCAAAAGAGAGCCCAAUUCAAAAUGAGUCAUGAGAAAGUAAUGGAAGAACUAUUUGAGCAGAAGUUCUAUGAUCCCAGAGUAAGUGCUAAAAAUUUUCAAAGACCCAGAAAAGGUUUUAAAUUUCAUGAUAAAGGAAAAUUUGAACAGUUGGCACAGAGAUUAAGAACCAAAGCUCAGUUAGAGAAAUUGCAGGAAGAAAUUGCUCAAGCAGCCCGUAAGACAGGAAUUUCCUCUGCUACCAAAUUGGCUUUGAUUGUACCCCGAAAAGAAUAUAAAGAAGGAGAUGUACCUGACAUCGAAUGGUGGGAUUCAUAUAUAUUACAGAGUGAUAACUAUGAUGCUGACGAAUCAAAAUUGGAAGGUGUUACUGCCUUAGUUGAACAUCCCAUACAGAUGAAGUCCCCAUGUGAUACAUCUCAACCUGUAUUUAUACCAUUAUAUCUAACUAAAAAAGAAAGAAAAAAGCUGAGGAGACAAAACCGAAGAGAGGCCUGGAAAGAAAAACAAGAAAAAAUCAGAUUAGGUUUAGAGCCACCACCAGAACCUAAAGUGCGAAUGUCAAACUUGAUGCGAGUAUUGGGAAAUCAAGCUGUACAAGAUCCUACCAAAGUAGAAGCUCAUGUAAGAGAACAAAUGAUUAAACGUCAAAAAGCUCAUGAAGAAGCUAACGCUGCUCGAAAGCUCACUGCUGAACAAAAACGAGAAAAGAAAAUAAGAAAACUCAAAGAAGAUACUUCUACGGGUGUCCAUGUAGCUCUCUACAGGUUUUAUUCUUUCUUUUUUUUUACCUUUUAAUUAGGACUUUUCCAC